CUUCUCCAAAUGGAAAACUAGAAAUCCCAUCAGCCCAAUCGCUCCCCUCGUUUAAAUUCGGCGUUCAGUUUUCCGACGACCAGCGCAAAAUGCGGGUGAAGGAGAUGCACCCGCUGUGCUGCAUAACGCUGGAGAGCGGCAUCGGCGGCCAGUCACCGGAGGCGUCGUCGCUCUCUCGGACGCGGAGCUUGCCGGCAAGCCUGGCGACAGUGUCGGUCGGAUCGGACGGCAAUGCAGGACGGCCGGCGGGAUCUGAAGCCACCGUCGCCGGAGUUCUCCACAAAUGGACUAAUUACGGCAAGGGAUGGAGAUCAAGGUGGUUCCUUCUCCGUAACGGCGUCCUCUCCUACGCCAAGAUUCGGCUGCCGGAGAAUCUCAACCUCCUCAAUAAACCAAACGACGGCGUUCGCGUCAUCGGCGAGAUCUCGUCUCACCGACUCUCGAGAAUCGAUAUCGGUCGCCGGAAGCAACAUAAAACAGUUGGAGUCAUCCACCUCAAGAUUUCAUCUUUCAGAGAGAGCAAGUCGGAUGAUCGGAAGUUUUACAUCUUUACUGCUACAAAGACUCUUCAUUUAAGGACGAAUUCGAAGAGUGAUCGGGCGGCCUGGCUCCAAGCUUUGGCGUCAACCCGGAGUCUGUAUCCGCUGAGAUCGUUGAAUGAUCUCUCCCUUGUACAAACGGAUUUAUCUAUAUCUACUGAGAGGCUGAAGAGCCGCCUACUUGAAGCAGGAACCAGUGAGAACACUGUAAAGGACUGUGAGCAGAUAAUGCUCUCAGAAUUCUCUCAAUUACAAGGACAGCUUAAGGUUCUCUGUGAAGAACGGUCCAAUUUGUUCGACACGUUACGACAGUUGGAGGCAGCUAAUUUUGAAGCUGAAGCCUCUGGAAUUCAGGAUGGUGAAUACCAAUUGACGAAACAUGAGUUUUCCAGUUUGCGGCUGGGAAAAUAUAGUGAAUGCAGCACAACUGAAUCAUCUGAUGAUAUUGAGAAACGAGAGCUCGAGGAAGUGUCAGAUGAUGAUGAAAUGUCGUUUUUUGACACAAGAGAGUAUUUUACUGAACCCAACAUAAGUUGUGGGUCUGUGCAAGUUGUAAAUAAUACAAAUAAGAUCAACAAACCUCAAAGUCAAUUUAGUAAUGUUGAGGAGAUGCAUACACUGAAGGAAAGUAAUGAAUUUAGAUAUCCACACGUUGAAAGGAGAAAAGAGCUUCCUGUUCCAGUUGAGAAGGAGAAAGGAGUCAGCCUUUGGUCUAUGAUUAAGGACAACGUGGGAAAGGAUCUUACCCGAGUUUGUCUCCCUGUGUAUUUUAAUGAGCCAAUAUCAUCUCUGCAGAAGUGUUGUGAGGACAUGGAGUACUCCUAUCUUCUGGAUCGGGCAUAUGAGUAUGGCAAAAUGGGAAACAGUCUGCAAAGGAUUCUAAAUGUUGCUGCAUUUGCGGUUUCUGGUUAUGCAUCAUCAGAAGGGCGGCACUGUAAGCCAUUCAAUCCUUUGUUAGGUGAAACUUAUGAAGCAGACUAUCCUGACAAAGGAAUCCGCUUCUUCUCUGAAAAGGUCAGUCACCACCCAACACUCAUUGCUUGCCACUGUGAAGGUAGAGGGUGGAAGUUCUGGGCAGACAGCAAUCUCCGUUCAAAAUUUUGGGGGCGAUCAAUUCAGCUCGACCCUGUUGGAGUUUUAAGCGUGGAGUUUGAUGACGGCGAAAUUUUCCAGUGGAGCAAGGUCACAACAAACAUAUAUAAUCUCAUUCUCGGUAAACUUUAUUGUGACCACCAUGGUACAAUGCACAUACGGGGUAAUCGUGAGUUUUCGUGCAAACUGAAAUUCAAAGAGCAAUCCAUUCUUGACCGAAAUCCUCACCAGGUCCAUGGAUUUGUUGAAGACGUCAUGGGGAAAAAGGUUGCUACACUAUUUGGGAAGUGGGAUGACAGCAUGUAUUAUUUUAAUGGUGAAGUGGGUGGAAAGCCAAAUUUAUCAGAUGCUUCCUUGUUGUGGAAAGGAAGUAAGCCUCCCAAUAUCACACGGUAUAACUUAACGUCGUUCGCUAUCACACUGAACGAGCUAACACCUGGGCUGCAGGAGAAGCUUCCACCCACGGAUUCCAGACUCAGGCCAGACCAGCGGCACCUGGAGAAUGGAGAAUAUGAAAUGGCGAAUGCGGAGAAGCAGCGUUUGGAAAGAAGGCAAAGAAUGUCGAGGAAAUUACAAGAAAAUGGGUGGAAACCCAAAUGGUUUGAGAGAGAUGGUGAAGAAGGACCUUUCCGCUAUGUUGGGGGUUAUUGGGAAUCACGGAAGCAAGGAAAAUGGGAUGAAUGCCCAAAUAUUUUUGGUGAAUUUGAUGAAGACCUUGAUUCAUUAGAAGUGUAAUGAUUGCAUUCAGGAACACAAAACGCCUUAGGGAACAUUUUUGGAUCUGUUCUAUCUGUGAUGGAGCUGAUCCUACCUGGGCACUCAAAUGAAGAAUUAUAUAUCCUUUUAACCGUAAGAUGGUUAGAUUGUAGUUUUAUAUAUCCUUGUAAUUCUAUCCUUGUCAGUAUCCGAACAAUCUAAUCUCUCUGUGAUAUGUUGUAGCCUCUCCUCUCUUUGGGUGCUUAACCGUUGGUGCAGCACUUCUAUAAUUAUUUGUACUUUCCUUUUUAGCAAUAAAAAGAAAGAUGUAAUUUCAUCCU